CCUCUUGCUUCAGGGGCCAAGGCUCAACCACGGGCUUGACAUUGACUUUCCGUGUCACUGUCCGGGCAGGAACUUGGCCGCCACGUGCUGAGCGUUCGGCUCCUGGGCUCCGCUUGCAGGGUUUGGAAGGGCGACCCUUUCCGCCAGCUUCACCAGUCACCGGUGCAGAGGCCUGCGCGCCUGCGCGGCUGCGGACUGACGCACUGCGUCGCCUUCCUGACGCAAUGCGCGCAGCCUCCACCGACGCACCGCGCAGUGUCUGUGACGCAAUACGCACGCCCCCUGGCCCCGCCCAGAUGCCCGGCGCGCCGACUUACCCACAAUUCCCACUGCGCGCGCCGCUCUCCGGUCGCCGCGCCUCGUGCAGCGACGCUGAAGUUCCCGCCUGCCGGGGCCGGGCUCCCGCCGCCGGGGACAUGCUGCCGAAGCCGCGGAGCCGGGGCCGCCCCAGCUCCCAGGCCGACAGGGACGGGGGUCGCGGUGGGGACGGCCGGGCCGCGAGAAGUGCUGCCGCCGAGGAGGCCCCGAGCACCUCCCGCGGGGCGGGCGGCUCGCAGGACCCCCGCCGCUCCUCGUCGCAGGGCGGCCGCCGGGCCGACGCGCCCCUGGUCGUGGGGCCCAGGUCCCAGAAGCAGCUGGAGCUGAAGGUGGCCGAGCUGGUGCAGUUCCUGCUGAUUAAGGACCAGAGGAAGAUCCCCAUCAAGCGGGCCGACAUCGUGAAGCACGUCCUGGGCGACUACAGGGACAUGUUCCCCGACCUCCUGCACCGCGCCGCCGAGCGCCUGCAGUACGUGUUCGGGUACCGGCUGGUGGAGCUGGAGCCCAAGAGCAACACCUACAUCCUCAUCAACAGCCUGGAGCCCGUGGAGGAGGACGCCGAGCUGCGGGGCGACCAGGGCACGCCCACCACCGGCCUGCUGAUGAUCGUCCUGGGGCUCAUCUUCAUGAAGGGCAACGCCGUCAAGGAGACGGAGGUCUGGGACUUCCUGCGCCGCCUGGGGGUGUACCCCACCAAGAAGCACCUGAUCUUCGGCGACCCCAAGAAGCUCCUCACCGAGGACUUCGUGCGGCAGCGGUACCUGGAGUACCGGCGGAUCCCGCACACGGACCCCGUGGACUAUGAGUUGCAGUGGGGCCCGCGAACCCACCUGGAAACCAGCAAGAUGAAAGUGCUGAAGUUUGUGGCCAAAGUCCAUAACCAGGACCCCAAGGACUGGCCGGCCCAGUACUGCGAGGCCCUGGCGGAGGAGGAGGACAGGGCCCGACCUCAGACCAGCACCCGACCUCCGACCAGCGCCCCAUCUCAGACCAGCACCCGACCUCCGACCAGCGCCCCAUCUCAGACCAGCGCCCCAGCCCCCUCCUCUUGAAGCCAUAGGUUCCGGGGGACUCCUGGGGGCGAGGUUCGAAGGCGCAGGCCUGAGAGGGGUGUCAGUGGGGGCAGGGGGCAUAUUUCUGUAAAGCUGAAAUGUGUGUAGCUUUAGGAUGUGUUUGCAAACUUUUGUUCUUUUACUAUUUUAAAGUAUUUGGUUCCAAGUUUUCAUUUAUAAAAAUAUGAGUAGAGAAUUUAUUUUGUUUUAGUAUCUGUAUUUUGUGUGUGUGUGUGUGUGUGUGUGUGUGUGUGUGUAUGUGUAUAAACUUGGCUAGCUUUAUAAUACUAAUUGGAAAACUUUGUACUGUAAUUUGGAACAAAGAACACAUCAGUAAUUUGCUUUGGUGCCAAGUCAGUGUAAGUGGCUGUUAUAUGGCCUCCUAACUGCCCCAGUUUGUAAGGAAAAAUAAAAGCCUUUAUAAAUAAAAAUAUAAUUGCGUA